AGUUGGGGGAGGCGCUGCGCGGCUUCGCUUUCGGCCCCCGCCCGCGCUCCCCAGGCGCGGAGCGUUCCGAGUACAACUUCCGCGAGAAGUAUGCGCGUGAGAGGAGAGCGCGGAGGCUGUGGCGGCUGCGACUCCUCCGACCAUGCAAUGGCGGUCGUUGGUGUUGGCGCUGCUGGCCCUGAGACUGGCUGGGCAAGCCCUCCUGUGGCUGGCGGGGCCCAGCUUCGGCUUCUACCAGCAGCGCCUCCGGACCUUUUCCUGCGGCAGCCCGGCCAAGGAAGGAGACUCCUCCAACUCGCGGUGCCUCAAAGCUCCUCAUUGGGCCUCUUUCUUGGGACGAGUUUGGGGAGGCGAUAGCGGCGGAGGCGAUGGCGGCCGCGGGGAGAGCCCCAACCCCACUGCUGCUUCUUCCUCGUGGUCCCGCCGCAGUGGCCACGACGAGUACGAGCAGCGCUACAACCGGGCUUUCCCCCCUCAGCUCCGGGCCCAGUUGCGCGACGCCGCCCGCAGCAUGUUCUCUUUCGGCUACGACAGCUACAUGGCCCACGCUUUCCCUCAAGACGAGCUGAACCCCAUCGACUGCCGCGGGCGCGGGCCCGACCUAGCUGACCCUUCAAAUCUGAAUAUCAAUGAUGUCCUGGGAAACUACUCGCUUACUCUGAUUGAUGCAUUGGAUACCCUAGCAGUAAUGGGAAAUUCUUCAGAAUUUCGGAAAGCAGUGAAGCUUGUGAUAGACACAGUAACAUUUGACACAGAUUCAACUGUCCAGGUCUUUGAGGCAACAAUUAGGGUUUUGGGAAGCCUGCUUUCAGCCCACAUAAUAAUUACAGAUGCCAGACAGCCUUUUGGUGAUAUGACUAUUAAGGGAUAUGACGACGAACUGUUGCAUAUGGCUCAUGACUUGGCAGUAAGGUUAUUACCUGCUUUUGAGAAUACCAAAACUGGAAUUCCUUAUCCAAGGGUGAACUUAAGGACAGGAGUUCCUUCUGGAAGCAAUAAUGAGACUUGCACUGCAGGGGCUGGAUCAUUACUGGUGGAAUUUGGAAUUCUUAGUCGGCUUCUCGGGGAUUCAACUUUUGAGUGGGUUGCCCGUCGAGCUGUAAAAGCCCUUUGGAACUUAAGGAGCAAUGACACUGGAUUAUUAGGUAAUGUCGUGAAUAUUCAAACUGGUCAUUGGGUAGGAAAACAAAGUGGCUUAGGAGCAGGGUUAGAUUCCUUCUAUGAGUAUCUUUUGAAAUCGUACAUCCUCUUUGGAGAAAAAGAAGAUUUAGAGAUGUUCAGUGAUGCUUAUCGGAGUAUUCAGAACCACUUAAGGCGAGGGAGGGAAGCCUGCAAUGAAGGUGAAGGAGACCCACCUCUUUACGUUAAUGUUAAUAUGUUUAGUGGCCAACUAAUGAACACCUGGAUUGAUUCUCUUCAAGCUUUUUUUCCUGGACUUCAGGUUUUAAUAGGUGAUGUAGAAGAUGCCAUUUGCCUUCAUGCAUUUUAUUAUGCAAUAUGGAAACGAUAUGGUGCUCUUCCAGAGAGAUACAAUUGGCAGUUACAAGCACCCGAUGUUCUCUUUUAUCCUCUGAGGCCUGAAUUAGUAGAAUCUACAUAUCUCCUGUAUCAGGCCACAAGGAACCCUUUUUAUCUUCAUGUAGGAAUGGAUAUUCUUCAGAGUCUGGAGAAAUAUACUAAAGCAAAAUGUGGUUAUGCUACUCUUCACCAUGUUAUAGAGAAAUCCAAAGAAGAUCGGAUGGAAAGUUUUUUUCUCAGUGAAACAUGUAAAUAUUUGUUUUUGCUAUUUGAUGAAGAAAAUCCUGUGCACAAAUCAGGCAAUAAGUACAUGUUUACCACAGAAGGACACAUAGUAUCACUGGAUAAGCGCCUUCGUGUUUCAGUAGGGCAGAAUACCUCCCCUGAGGAGCAGAAGAAACCUGGAAAGAUAAAGUCAAAUGAACUAAAAGCAAACAACUCCAUCUCUAAUUGUAACCGAGUACCAGAUGAGAGAAGAUACCUGCUGCCUUUGAAGAGCAUUUAUAUGAGACAGAUAGAUCAGAUGGUGGGUUUGAUCUGAAUAGCUGUGAAAUAAUCCUAAGAAGAUGCAAGACAACAUCUCAUUCAAAGAUUAUGAUCCUCUUGAACUACAAGGCUAACAGCAAAUGCAGGUGCUUAAUUAGUCACUCAUUGGAAUGAGAGUUUGAUCUCAUGUUGAAAAGAGCAUUCCAUGUUAGACUGCAGUUAUUGUAACUGAAAUGGAGUAAAACAUGGCAUAAUGCAAACUUAAGAUCUCAUGCAUCAAACUUCAGAGCUCAUAUUGCUGAUAGUUAAAGUUAAGGUUGCAUUAGUGGCUUGCACCUGAAAUGGCGCCCUGCUAUCACUUAUAUGUCUACCAAAAGAGAACAUUGGGAAAGAACUUGCAAUUUAAAUAUAUUUCUUUAAAAAAAAAUGGUGGUCAGAGGAAGAAAAGGGAAUGUGCAAUUGCUUCCGCCAAGCUGAAAGAUUUCACAAGCAAUAAAUAGUACUAAUUAUUGCUCAGGUAGGAAAAUGGCUGUAGGUUCUGGUUUACCUAAAAUAUUUUGCUGACUAUAUUAUAAUUGAAAUGCAGCUUGCAUACCAACCAAGCUAUUGCAGAACUAUGUUCAGGACUAACAUCAUAUUGGUUGAUGUUGCAAACAGUGUUCUUAAUUUGAAUUGCACAUCUAAGGGUGUAUGGAGUUUACUAGUUUCUGAAACCGGUAUUUUUCUUUUUCUUUUUUUUUUCUUUUAAUGUGCCUUCUGGUAGAUAAAAAAAUGCAAAAAAAAGGCAUUCAGUUUUGCUCACUGAGUGGCCUUGUGUUGCUGAUUUGAAGAAUCUUGCUAUGUUUUUAUGUUUUGUAUUUAUCUUUCAUGCCUUUCCUAGAAAUCAGUCUGAAUUAAUGCAAAAUUGAAGUAUUCACAUUCCAUGCAGUCCUAAUAUGCAAGCUUUUGGAAUUAGUGCCUUGUUACUUUAUGACUUAGAACAGAACUGAAGAGUUUAAUUCAGUCUUUCCUAAAGUAAUUUUAGAUUCAUUGUAUUCUGAAACUUAAUUAGCUUCAGAAAGAACAUUUGGGAGUUUUAUACUUUUCAGACUCAUUUUGAACUGAGUAUUUUACAUAUGGUCGUAACCUUUAGUCUGGACAAGUAUUUUUAAUUUGGAGGACAUGAAGAGGAACCAAUUCUGUAAGAGGUUCUAAACCUUAAUUUCAACUUUAAUAAUUUUGACAAGUUUUCAUUUGUCUGAAGGUGAUUGUAUUGGUGAGUCAUUUUUAAGAAGGUUGGGCCGAAAACCAAAAUGUCUGUAGCCACAGGCUUUAUGUAUUUCUGAGGGGUAAAAUAUGUCAUGUUCUCCACCAACAUCCCCAAAUUAUUCUCAGUGGCUAGGAGAGUUAAAAGUGUCUACCUUCCUACAAUUAUAGAACACAGCUUUAACAUUCUUGAGGAUUAUCUCUCGGUAGACUGAAGCAUCAUUACUAUUAUUUCUCAUCAAAGGAUAAAGUUGGCUUAAAUUCCUAAUCAGAAGCAAGAUAACUUAGAUCACAACUUAAAUAUUCUGCAACAUGUAAAUAUUCUUUUUACUACAUAAUGCAAUUUUAUUCCCUAUAAAGUAUGUUUUGUGUUAUAAAUCACAUUUUAAGUUAAUCAGAUAACAUUGCAAAUAAUUAGGCUUUGCUAAAUCUCUUUGGCAAACAAUAAAUCUCAGGGAUCUCAAAGUAGGGUUUGCCUAAUAGAUUUUGUUUGUCUCUAAAAGUUCUUUUCCUGUUUCAAAAUUGCUAUUUUUUUUAAAGUAGGCAGAUCAGAAUCCACAGAACAGUCUCUGUGACUGAGCCUAGAUCUAAAUUGUUUCCCUCCUUCCAAAAUUAUCCCUAGAAUGUUUGACUUAAGUACUGAUUUAGAAGCCAAACAACACUUUUGUGGUAUGUCCAAAAUGUAUUAGGACAGUGUAGUUGGUAAAAGUGGCAGGUCUGCUAAUCAUACAGAAUUGAACAUCCUAACAAUAGCUGCAUUGGUAGAAGGAGUAUCCAGUCCUCAGAAGGUUAGAUUCCUUUAGAAUCAUGGCCUUUUAAAAUAGGAAAAUUCAAGCCAGUUUAGAGGCAUCUCAUUCUUUAUAUUUUCUUAGUAGAUUUCUCAGCUUUAUCAAAGUGGACUCCAUCCCUAUUAUCUAUCAGCUUUUGACUUGAGCAGUUGAGUAUGUAGGAAAUAAGCUCUUAAUGCUUCCUUGGUUUGAGGAAUGGGUUUGAUGGACCAUAAUAAGCACUUGGUAUGAAGGGAAAAAAUGCAAGCCAAAGCAAUUUGGUUUACUGCUGUAAUCAUGUUGUCUAGCCAUGUAACUUCUUGCAACAAAACCGCAUUAAUGUGUAUGAGGAUAAACCUCUUCUGUUCAAGUUGUUUUGCUACACCACUUUUCAAAGUUUGUGCCUACUAAAAUGUUAAGUAUCCAAAUUUAAAUUAUUUAUUUUUUAAAAGUAAAGUAAUAAUUUGAGGUGUAGGGUUUUUUAAAAAUACAAAACAAAAGAGCUUAAGGUUUGUUUUAGUCAGGUUACUAAAGUUCAAAGUUUUGAAGUUUAUGGCACUAACACAACCAAGUGUACCUCAGGAAAAGUGCUACAAGUGAUUGAAUCAACAUAAUUCUGUUUGAUAAGGAUAAACGUAGAAAUUGAUGAAGUUGUAUCUGUAGAGUAGCAGUGGGAAUUUGUUGGAUUUGUUGACUUUAAUUCCCAUCAGUCUAGGCGGCAUAUCCAAUAGUGAAGAGUGAUGGGAACUGCAAUCCAGUUAUUUCUGGAGAGCUACAUACUACACUAUUUUUGAAGUUGAUUUCUGAUUCUACCCCUGUGUUGUAAUAAUUUCAGAUGGAUACAUGACAAAUUGAUCUAAAGUCCUUAAAACUGAAGAGAUUAUAGAGAGCCAAACUCAAAUUUUCAAGUGAAAAAUUUGAAUCUCUCAGUUCUAUUUUGUAAAAUCCAUGUUUAGUUCAUGAAAAAUAAGUUUACCAUUCUAUUGCAAAAUUAGUGUUAAGGCCAAAUCUAAAAUAUUGUUCGGGUAAUUUGCCAAGUCAUAAUUUCAGGCUGAAUUUUUCACUAUAAUGUGCAAUAUGAAUUUUUCUAGCCUAGUAUGGCAUUGUUACAAUAUGUAUGUAAUAGUGUGGGAGUUAAGAUUGUUUUUUUUUUUUUAAAAAAAAGACUGUUCUGGAAAUUGUGAAGAUUUAAAAAUGAAUAAAUUUUACAUAUAAUUUGUAUUAAAGGAUUAUUUCUUAA